UUGCGUUUAUCGUUCCCUAAAAUAAAUUGAAAAUUAAUCGCGAGUAUUUUCUUUUAAAACGGAGAUGUUUUUGAAGUAAAAUAUUUAAAAAGUUUAUAUAUAAAAAACGGAAGAAAUGAAAAUGUAACCUGUUUAAUGUUGCUAUGCAGCGGUUGUUAUAGAGACGUGUAGUAAACAACACGGGUGCCGUCGGCCAUCACACAUCUCAUAAAACCCAGUCUGAAAACUACUGCUUUGUGUUUUCUCUGUUUUUAUAGAAUUAUUUUCUUUAUUGUUGUCAUUAUGAGUGACAUUAUCAUUCCACCAGAGAGCAUCUAUAAUCUCAUUCCCAGAGAGGAGGAGAAACCCAUCAUAUCACCCAGGUAUAUGUCAAAAUUCAGAGAGCAAGUGAAAAUAGAGAAAGAGAUAAACAAAGCCUCCAAUAAAACAAUGGGACCAGCACAGGUGGAUGUGCCAUCUCCACAGAAAUAUCUACUGAAGCACUCCAAGGAGCCUAAACUUCCUGAAAAAAAAUCCUUCAAAUAUGAAGAUGCGAAUAAACCACCAGUGCCUGCAAGAACAGACAGGCCACUCAUGGGUAUUCACAGCAAUAAGAACUUUAUUAAAACCAACGCCAUUGAAAAUAUCAUGGCACUCCCCAAGAAACCUCAACCUGCUUAUGCUGAUACCAAGAAGGGAGACAAAAAACUCCUGGAAAACUCUGGUCUUGUCCCAAAAUACAUUAAGAAGAAGGAUUAUGGCCAAACUCCAGAGUAUCUGCUGCAGCGCAAAGAGGAGGUGAGGAAGGCUCAGGAGCAAUACAACAACUAUGUGAAGGAUCGAAUGAGAGACGGUGCUAUGAAACAGCUGGCCGACGCCGAACGUCAAAACAUCCUACAGGCUCUGAGGAAGAACUUGGAUGAUCUUCAUCACCAGUAUCAGGGUCUCUCUGUUGUCAUUGAUACAACCCCUAAAAAAUACAAGAAGGAGCGUCUGGAGCUGGAAAUGAAGCAGCUGGAGAGAGACAUUGAGCUGAUUGAGCGACACAAAACCAUCUACAUUGCUAAUUACUGAGGGGGAUGUUAUCUAGAUUCAGAACUUUGUAUGACUGAGAAUAAGAACAAAAAAUAUUUGAAACACGUUAAACUGCCACCAUAUCUUUGCCUGUUCUUUCCUAUCUCUCAGAAAUAAAUGACAAUAGAUUGAAAAAUGUCUAUUAAAGCUUUACAACCUUACACAGCUAAAUGGUUAUAAUAAAGUCAAAUCAUUGUAGAUGUAA